UGCCAGCCCGGAGCGGGGCGCAGGGCGCAGGGAGCCGCGGGCCAGGCCGGGGAGCCGCGCGGGGGCUGCGAUGAGCCCGAUCCGGGGCAGGGGGCGCUGAGCCGGGCGCCCAUCCCCGUGGCUUUGGCGCGCGUGGCUGGAUGUGAGGGAGGGGGCGAGGGCUCUGCCGACCCACGCGCGGGGGGACCCGCCCCACGAGCGCCCGCGAUGGCCGCCGAGGUGCGACUGAAGCAGCUGGAGGCGCUGGCGCUGGACCGGAACUUCCUGGGGCUGGAGACGCUGCUGGACCUCCUGCUCUGCGUCUCCCACGAGCUGGGCGCCUCGCCCCUGGCCCACGAGAAAUACAUCGCGGAGUUCCUGCGCUGGGGUGAGUCCGCCGGACGCCGGGGUCCCUCCCUGGCCGCGCCCCACGCCCCGGACACCUGGGUCCCUCCCUGGCCACGCCCCAGACACCUGGGUCCCUCCCUGGCCACCCCUCAUGACCCGGACACCUGGGUCCCUCCCUGGCCACGCCCCACGCCCCGGACACCUGGGUCCCUCCCUGGCUGCCCCCCUCAUGCCCCAGACACCUGGGUCCCUCCCUGGCUGCCCCCCUCAUGUCCCAGACACCUGGGUCCCUCCCUGGCCACCCCCCCAUGACCUGGAGACCUGGGUCCCUCCCUGGCCAGGGUGGCAUAUCU